GUGCAAAAUGGCUGCGGUGUCCUCAGUGGCAUCGCUGCGUGGGGCAGAUUACGAGAACGGGCUACGCGGCGUGGCCGGGCCGAGCGAUGGAGGGCAGGACCCAGGAGAGGACGACCCAAUGGGCCGCGGCACGCUAGAUUUGGAAAUGGAACUGCUGGAGCAGGGCAGAAGAAGCCGGCGGGUUGGGGGCCGAACGACUCCAGGCAGAAGAUCGGGGGGACGCGGGGGCUCGGGAGGAGGUGGAGCUGGUGGCUUAGAGGAGCUGGAGGAUGAGGAGUUGGAGGAGGAAGAGCCCGGGGAACUUACGGGAGACCAAACCAUAGAGGAUCCGGAACUUGAAGCUAUUAAGGCUCGUGUGCGAGAGAUGGAGGAGGAAGCUGAGAAGUUAAAGGAGCUUCAGAAUGAAGUAGAAAAACAAAUGAAUAUGAGCCCUCCUCCAGGCAAUGCUGGGCCAGUCAUCAUGUCGGUUGAGGAGAAGAUGGAAGCUGAUGCGCGAUCAAUUUAUGUAGGGAAUGUUGAUUAUGGUGCAACAGCAGAGGAACUGGAGGCUCAUUUCCAUGGAUGUGGCUCUGUGAACAGAGUCACUAUACUUUGCGAUAAAUUCACUGGUCAUCCAAAAGGGUUUGCCUACAUUGAGUUCUGUGAUAAGGAAUCCGUCAGAACUUCACUGGCCCUGGAUGAGUCUUUAUUUAGAGGACGUCAGAUUAAGGUCGUACCCAAGAGGACCAACAGACCAGGUAUCAGUACGACAGACAGAGGCUUCCCACGAGCAAGAUACCGAGCCAGAGCAUCUUCAUACAGUUCCCGCUCCCGUUUCUACAGUGGCUACACCCCCAGACCCAGAGGACGUGUGUACAGGGGUCGGGCUCGCGCGACGUCAUGGUAUACUCCUUACUAAAAAUAUAACGUUAGGAAGACCUGCAAAUAAAGCAAAAAAAAAAAAACCCCCAAAAAAGAAAAAAAAAUGGAAAAAAAGAAGACUGGAAAGAAUUUUAAGAGUAUAUUAAUGAGAUCCUUUGUGGAUCUUUUUUUUUUUUUGUUGUUUUUUUCCCUUUUCUGCUGCCCGUGUAUGUUCUCCAAGCAUGUAUAUAGAUAGCAGGUUGGGGACAGUCAGAUGGUGGGAAUAUUGCAACAUCUGGUCUCAAUACUCCAUGUAUGAUUUGCUCCAGGGAUGUCAUGGUGUGCUGUGACUAUUUUGGUGGGGUUUUGGAGGCCACUCUUGGCAUGUGUAAUGUAUGUAUGAAAUGGGUGGUCCUGGUCAACUGCUUUCCUGGCUUAGCCCUGAGUGGGUGUUGGGUUGGGGGUGAUGUCUGCUAAACCUCCUACUGUUCCCUUUUUGGUUUUUUUUGCGUGUUUUUAUCUUUGCAGGUUUCUUUCUAUGGGAGAAGCUUGUUUUCCGGAGAGACUGCUGCCCCUGUCAACAGCCCUUUCUUUAGUUUUAUUCCGGUUCAGAUUCCCGCAUUCUUUUGGAAGACGAGGGCUAAGAUCAUUUUUGUUUUUAGACCUGUUUUUGGUUUUGUUCGUUUUUAAGUCCAGCUCCUUUUUAUAGUAUAGCAGGAAGGGUGAACAAGGGGAUUAAAAAAUAAAAGGUUACAAAAAAA